GAGGAGUGGCAGAGCCCCGCCCCCGCGGGCGGCUGCUGCAGCCGCUGUUACCAUGGGAACCCCGUUGCGGGGGGGAGGGGUCCGCGCAGCGGCGGGCGGAGCCGUUAGAGCCGCCGGGGAGCGGGGAGGGGGCUGAGGCCGGUCCUGGCCGCGCCGGACUCGGCUCCUGAUCCCUCUGCCGGCCGCCGCCUCCGCCGGGAGCCGUCGUGCGGGGGCGGCUCGGCCACGUUGUCCCGGGAAACGUGGGGGCUUUGCUUGUGCCUGUGCAAAUGGCUCGUGUUGUCCUUCUGCCAACGUAAGAAAGAGUGAGAGAGAGAGAAGAAGGAGAAAAAGAAAGAGAAAGAGGAGAAAAAGAGAAAGGAGAGAAAGAAGGAGAAAGAGAAAGGAGAAAAAGAAAGAGAAAGAGGAGAGAAAAGAGAAAAAGAAAGAGAAAGAGAGGAGAAAAAGGGAAAGGAGAAAGAGAAAGAAAGAGAAAAGAGAAAGGAGAAAAGAGAAAGAGGAGAGAAAGAGAAAGGAGAAAAAGAAAGAGAAAGGAGAAAAAAGAGAAAGAAAGGAGGGAAAGAGAGAGGAGGAAAAAAGAGAAUAAGGAGGCAAAGAGGAGAAAAAAACGAGAAAGAAAGGAAGGAGAGAAAGGGAAAGGAGAAAAAGAAAGUAAGAGAGGAGAGAGAGAAAAAGAGACUUUUGACUUUUUUAUGAAGGUUUAUUAAGGGGAAAAGGGGGUAACAACCCAACACCGUAAUAAAACACUGCCUGUGCAGGGACCCAGGUGUAACAGACAGCCUGGGGCUGUGGCCUGCAAGCUCUGCCCUCACAGUCUAAAAAAACAAAAGCAGCUAGUCCAACAACAGUCUGCUCAGACCCCCGGCGGUACCCGGGGAAAGGGCAAGGAGUACCACAACACGAGGAGUAAACGGAUGCCUCGACGCUGCAGAGCGCCCCCUGAAUGGCCCAGCGUGCCUGGAAGGCGGGUCCUGUCGGCUGAGGACCACAUGUUCAAAGUCCAGUGUCGGGUGCGCCCGGACCAAGAACUGAAAGAGUCUCAGGGCAUCAUCAGAGCUGGCUCUAGUGAGGCGGUUCCUGCGGAUGGCCAUCUUAGCCCGACCAAGCUGCCUGAUAUGGGAGAGAAAACAGAUAGGUGGUUUCUGAGAGAGAAACAGAAAAGAAGAGAGAGAGAAAAAGAAAGAAAAGGAGAGAAAGGAGGAGAGAAAGAAAUCGUAAGAAAGAAAAAAAGACUUGUUUGACUUUCUAUAAACAUUUAUUAAGGGGCAAAAGAGGGUAGCAAUCCCACAACAAAAAACAAAAGACAGCCUACGCAGGGCCCCAGGCUGUGGCCCACAGGGCCUGCCCUCACAGUCUAAAAACAAAAGCAGCUAGUACAACAUCAGCCUGUUCAGACCCCUGUCGUACCCAGGGAAGGGGUGAGCAGUAUCACAGCGUGAGAAAUAAAUGGCUGCUCUCAACGCUGCAGAGCACCCCCUGAAUGGCCCCGCACGCCCGGCGUGUGGGUCCUGUCUGCUAGAGGACCGACCGCAUGUUCAAAUUCCAGUGUCAGGAGUGCCUGGACCAAGAACUGAAAAAGUUGCAGGGCGUCAUCCAAAACAGCCCCAGUGAGCUGGUUCCUGCAGCUCUUGAGGAUGGCCAUCUUGGCCUGACCAAGCAAAAAGUUGGCCAGGCCUCUGCCGACCAGUAUGGGAAAGAAAUAGGUAGCCUCCAAGUGGUCCAUGUCUAGUGCCUCAAACAAGGUGCUGAGGGCAGCAAAGAGCAGCAGCACCUGGGGACGCCUGCAGAAGGUGUGGAAUAAAUCCUCUUCUACCUCCGCUGGGCAAAAGGGACAGGCUGCUGAUGCAGCCAGGUCCAUGUGGCAGACUUGAGUGCUGGUGGCUGGUACUGAAAGUUGCCAGUCCAUUUGGUAAUGGGUAGCUUAUAAAGCACGCACCACCCAGGGCAAGCUGGUGUGAGCACCGGUGCCACUGAUUGUUGCCGCCAUGUUGUGUUGGGGUGAGUGGCAAGGAUGCAAGCGUGGCUGACAGAAACCACCCAAGAGAGAAAAAGAAAGAAAGAGAGAGGGAGAGAGAAGAAGACUGAUGGACAGAGAGGGAAACAGAGAAAGAGAGAGUGGGCGCACCCACAUGAUUGCCUUGUGUGCAAGAAACUUGAAGCGUAAAACAAAUGAGCAUCCACACUCUGCAACUCUAUUGACUAGUGACUCUGCCUGUUCAUGUCCUUUCACAGCAGUUGAAGUGAACAUUAGCCCACGAAAACUUGUGCUCUCUCUCUAUAUCUUAUUUAGUUAGUCUAUAAAGGUGCACCCCUACCUGCCUUCUGACUGGUUGUGGACUAACACGGCUAACUGCCUGUCUCUGCCUCAUAGCCUGAAACCAGCAAGCACACAGAGUCAGUGGGAUACCGCCCUGUGUUGUCUUGCAUCUUCAGAUAACAUUUCAUUUUUGACAUGCUUCUUGUGGAGCAGCCUGCUGUGUGAGCGUUGUGUUUUUUAGUGCUGCCUCUUCCUGACUUGCCCAUCAUUCACUCCCUUGGCCCCAUCCCAGUCUUGGUGACUUUUUCCAUCAGGCAUUUGGAGAAAGAGUACAACUGAAAGCUUUUUGGGUUUUGAAGAAGAUGCAGAACGCAAAUUAAAUGGAAACCCCUAUAAGAAACUUGAAAGAAUAAAGUAACUUGCUGCAACAGAGGCCUUAGAAAAAGUGAUUUCUACACAAGUCAAGAAAUACAAGUGACAGGAGUGGGAACAGGAGAGUUGCUGAAUUCUGCUGGAAUUUUUCCUGUGGGAAUCUGUUAAUGUUUUUAAUUCUCUGAGAGAUUUUUCUAAGUUCUUUCUGAUUCCUUUACUGUGAUCCAGCUAACUUAGAAAAUGCUUCUUUGGGCUGCUGUAACACAUGACUAAACAGCUUGUUGAAAGAAAAAUGAUGACAGCUUUCAUGAGUUCCCCUGGCUUUUCAGUCUGCUCACUUUUUGAAUGCAGUUAUUUCUGGAUGAUUGCUGCUAUGGCUCUUCCGCCUCCUGAUCCAGAGUUUGUAUUGCGAGGAACUGCAGCUCCAGUCCACACUCUACACUUUUCCUGCAGAGGCCAAGAACCUGAGUUUCCUAUUCUCUUCUCUGGGUCUGCCAAUGGUCUGGUCCAGAUCUGGAACCUGAAAACACAUAGGGUGGACAAGACAAUGGAUGGUCAUGGAGGAAAAUCUGUAUACUGGGUGGAGACGAUACAUGGCAGAGAUGGGCUCCUCAGCCAGGGUCGUGAUCAGAAGAUCUGCCUCUGGGAUUUGGCAGAAGGAAGGAACGUGGUGACAGAUUCCAUUUCUGUGGAUAGUGUGGGAUUCUGCAGAUGCUCGCUGCUGAAGGUGGCGCAGGACCGUUGGCUAAUAGCCAUGCCAGCAAAUGACCCAGAUGAGGUUCAGGUUUUGGAGCUUCCAUCCAAGACAUCAGUCUGUACCUUGAAGCCAGAGGCAGGUGCCAAACUGGGCAUGCCCAUGUGUCUGAAGCUAUGGCAGCCUGGCUUUGGGGCAUGUCCUUUCCUUAUGGCUGGCUAUGAGGAUGGAUCCGUGAUCCUAUGGAAUUUAUCAAUGGGAAAAAUGUUGAGUCGGCUUGCUUGCCACCAGGAGCCAGUGAUGAGCCUUGACUUUGACUCGGAGAAGGCCAAGGGGGUCUCGGGUUCAUCUGAGAAGGUGCUUAGCGUCUGGAGCCUCGAUGAACAGCAGAACUUAAAGGUUCACAAAACACAUGAACUCAUCAAUUCUGGGAUCUCUGAUGUUACCAUCCGUCAGGACAGGAAGAUACUGGCAACGGCAGGGUGGGAUUAUCGCAUCAGGAUCUUUGGCUGGAAGAAAGUGAAACCACUGGCAGUGCUGGACUACCAUACUGCAACCGUCCACUGUGUGGCCUUCUCAGAUCACAGCAGGCCUAGUGAAAGACUUCUGGCAGCUGGCUCCAACGACCAGCGCAUUAGUAUCUGGUCACUGUACAAUCGAACAUGAGAGGUGCUUGCUUAUCCUGUGGACUGAAAAAAACAGAUUAAAACAGUUCCUGGAAUAUGAUGAAAAACUGGAGCUAAAAUCUGCUGGGGGUGGGGGGUACGCAUGGAGUUCAAGGUGCCAGAAGGUGAAUUCUUCUACCGCUUGUUUGCUAUGGAAAAUUAAAUUGGAGAGGAGAGUUAAUGUCAAAAAGGGAAAAAAGGAUCACCCUGUAGUUUUGACAUGGGAAUCGUGGCAGUCUAGGGCUCUGCUAUGGGCCAUGCCACGGAGCUCUGCUGGUACGUUCUUUGUCAGCUGCCCCAUCCGUACAAUGGAUACUGCACCUAUCUUGCAGGAAUGCUGUGGGGCUAGAAUGGAUCCAUUUAUACAUCUUAUGUGCAUCUAGGAGUCUCAGUAAGUACAAGGUGUCGUUGUUUCCUGUGAAUUUACACCCAUUAAACCAUCCCCAGUGCUUAUUGUCAGGUACUUACUCUUCCUCAUAGCUGAAGGACUAUUUGAUUUGUUCACACUUUUGUCGGUUUCUAACUUAACUCCACAGGCAAGAAUGUGACUAGGGACGGCCUUUGGCAUUUAUGAAUUUCAUUAGAUCUUGUGUCACCUCAAGCCUUGUGGUUAAUCAUGAGAAACAAGGAGAAAUCUUUCCCGGCACGGCAGCAUUGUAAAACUAUGUAAAGCCUUUUUCAGAAGCAGAGCUAAAUCCUUACCCUGGACUGACUAGUGGGAGGACUUGAACGGAGCAAUCUAAUUAGCGCCUUUCUCCUCAGAGACCACUUCCAGUAGCAGUAACAGGAAUUGCGUGGAGAAAUCCUUAGGCCCUGCCCUGAAAUGGUAUCCUUCGACUUGUUGGCUCCAUAGUCAUGGAAGCUGAAAUCCAUUCCCAAAGCUGGUUGGUUCUGUUUGAGUCUUGGGAUUUUUUAAAAAAUGUACUUGAUAUGAAAUGGUCUGUGCCCGAUCUAGAGCUCUUACCCACAGAAGUACCUGUGCCACCCUUAUGUGUGGUCUGAAAGCAGCUAGCAACAUUACUUGAUUUAAAGAGUAAUUUAGCCAAGAUAGGUGAAGUUUAGAAUCCCCUGUCCAGUUCUGAGGAUGAUUUAUUAGAAACGUGUGUCCCUGCCCAUGCGUGAGAUGGACAUCCAAGAACGGGACAGAAACGUAUUGAAUAGCAACAUCCAAAAGACUUGAGAGCAACAUGUCAAGAGUCCAUCUUGUAUAAUACUGGUGUACAAACAAAACACGAGACCUCAGCUCAGUACCCCUUCUUCAGCUGCAUGGGUGAUAUUGGUAAGUUUUCCUUAAGACCCACCUCCUAUUAUAGGACAGAACCAUGGUCCAACAAGGCUUUUACUUAGGAAACGUGCCCUUUCACAGUGUUUGAAGCCUUGUCUCCCACUGAAAUGCAUUUCUGUAGUUCUUCCUACGUAGAAAAUUGUAUGGAAGUUUCCUUGGCAUGCGAGAGUUGGUUGAGGCACAGUCCACAGGGAUCCUGUGCUAGUCAUGGAAAGUUGCAUUUGCUCAUUACUUCUAUAGGGUAUAUAUCUAGGACGCAUAUUCAUCCCAGGAUUUAUGUAUCUUCUUCCUUCUGAGCAGAAGAGAGGAGUGGGCUGUGAGUCAUCUCCACAGCAUAAUCUUCCAUAGAGCAACAGUUGUUGGAAUACCAAAAAACUCUCCCCCCACUCCCCGAAAAGACAGGUGUGGAUUUAGGAUGGAAGGGAAACCAGUGCGGCUUACUCUGUUGGCAAAAGAUGGAGGUGCAUCCUGUCCAGUCUCAAAUAAACCCUAAUAUUAAUACAAUGCAAUUGCUGCUGGAUUUGCAUAUGAGACUCCUGUCCUGCUCCUCUUGAUCACUGGCAAAACUCCCCUGGACUUCAGUUACAUGGGAUCAACCUAAGAGCUUAUCCUUCAUCAGAGGGGGAGUUUUUUGACUGUGCUUGGUGUCUUUCUUACACAAUUAACUAUGAAACUAACCAUUCAUCUUUAAAGAAACAUGCCUAUUGAUUAGGGUGUUGACUUCGGAAAGAGAGAAACUGAGUCCGAGCCCUGCUCUACUGAACAUUUCACUUUUUAUAAAAAGUAUUCAGAAGAUCAGGGACAGAAAUCCAGGCCUCCCUUUCUCAAUUGUGUGUCCUACUCACCAGGCAGGGGAGGAGGGUCAUUCUCUAUCUCGCUGUGAGCAUUAUAUCAUUCCAUACAAAGUGGAACAGCUUCAACAGGAGAGAUGAAGGAUGUCCCCUGCUACAAUACAUCCUUUUGUCAUAGCAAGGGCACUUUUCUGGGGUGGAAGUAGAGAUUCAGGUCUUCUCAGGCAAAGGAAUAAAUUGAAUCCAGGUCUGCCUCAUCUCCCACGCUCAGAGAGAGAGAGAACGAUUCUCCUCCCCUGCUUGGUGGCUAGGUGAUAGGAGAUCAAAAGAGAGAGGGUCAGUGCCAGCAUUUACUAAGGUGGCUCCCUGCUCGCUGCUCUGAUUGCUUUGAACCUCCUCCUGCCGAACUCUCCCCAUGCUUUGCAUAAGGAAGCAAGGCUCCUGGCUCAGCUUCGCUCUGAGGGCCAGAAAUCUAAAAGUGAGGCCUGAAACACGCAGUGCUUUUGCUACACACUUUCCACUACAUGUGCCUGGAGUGUCUUAAAUGAAAACUACUGGGAUUUACAUCCACACCGAGAUACAAAUUCCCUUGGUUCAAAAAGCACUUGCUCAUGAAGUCACUGCACUGACAGCCUCCUUACUGCAGAAAGGCUUAGUUCACAGAGCACACUGGGCUUCUCACUGAAUCUGAGCUUCCUGGCACUGUCUCCUGGUCUCUUUCUGUCUGGCCUUAAAGGGAGCCUUUGUGGUCACAGUUCACCAUCUAUAAUAACUAAGGAGAUGUUCACAGUGCUCUUAAGGUAUCCUAAUAUUUAUAAACAGAUCUCGUAAGCCCAACAGACAUUUGCCUUUGUGUUCAGAGUACCACUGUGGGCUGCGAGCAGGGGUUCACAUUUUUUUUGACCGGGUAGUUAUUUGAAAAAAAACCUCAAUGCAAACUCCUUCACCACAUGUAUUAGCAUCCCUGCGUGAAAAAUGGCAGUGGGGGUGCUUUAAGUGCCCCUGCUGCCAUUUUUCAGCACAGGAACCAUUGAUACGUGUGAUGUUCCAGGUGCUUUAAUUAGAGUGGCUCUUGGAGCCGCUCUAAUUAAAGCGCUCCCCUUAUUCCCGGAGCAUGUAUAUAAAUGCCCUUUAGUUUGAUUUAGACAUGCAUCUAAACUGAAGAGUUUGGAUCUGGAUCACAGCUUAGCUAGAAUCUAUGUAGGUUGCUUGCUUCAGGAUCAAGACAUGAAUUUUAGGCUGAACUUUCCCAAUGCAAAAGACUGAGUAUUGCUGUGGGCCCCUCUCUGUUACCACGGGACUAUGACAUACCUUUGCCUGAUCACGUUUAGGCAACUAGAGAGCAAAAUAAUUCCAGAAAAACAGUAAUGGCUUUUAAUCAACAAUAUACAUGUGUUUAUCUCAUUGAGGAUUUCAGCUGACUCAUUUGCUCUCUCAGAGCGAAGAACCACCUUAAGCUGGUAAAGUCAGACCUGGAAUCUCACCUGUUGGAGAGGAACAGGGCGAGCCUGUACCUGGCCUAAAGGAUUCAGGAAUGAAGGUGAUGACAGAUAAAUUAUUGCAGAAAAGGCUUCCUCCCAAGAAGCUGUGUCUGGCACUGCAAAGGGGGAUAAUGCAACCGACAUUCAUGAACUAAUUGAAAUAAAUCCUGAACACUAGCAUUUGUACAGCAAUUACAUGGAAUAUUUAUCACCACGGGAAUGAAUGCUGAUCUCUGACCUUCACGCACUUCCUGAAAACAAGUCCGUUAGUUCCAAGUGCUUUCCCUUAUCUGCAGGUGGUGAGGAGGGUGUCCCAGGCCUAGGUAGAGAUGUGCAAGACAAGGUGGGGGAGAAGGGAGGGGAAAUGAGCUGGUAGCGAGCUAGAAAAGCAAUUGGCGGAGGGCCUGCGCAGAGAAAGCAGUGAAACGGCCUCCUACAGUCUGAAACGGAAUCAGAUCCUCUCUAGCAGGAAUAUCAGCCGUGGGGCCGAGAAUUCAGGGGUGGGGUGAGCGGUGGCAGGGAGCCACUACCCAAUUCUGGGGUACAGAGCCCCACUAGAGACACAUUUCAGCUGUGGCAGCGUGAGGCAAGUGAUGGCUGCAUUAACCCCUGUGGCUGCCUGACACUGCUGUCCUCAUCCUGCUGCUGGGAGCGAGUCCAAAUCUGGCUUGCAAGGAGCCCCAUGGUCCAGAUCUUGUGGGGGUACCACAUGAGUUGCUACCCCUGACCUAUGGCAUCAUUACAUCUGCAGCUCUCUGGGAAUUGUUGCAGAGGUUGGUUGGGUUUUUUUAGAUGUGUAAAGUAGAAAAGGACCAUCCUGGCUUCUGUUUUUCAUCUAAAUUACAUCUACUGGAGAAGCUCACAAAUUCAUUAACCUUUUCAUUGACUCAGUGCCCACGUGCAGCACUGACUAGGGCAGCUGCCACAUUAAUGAGGUGAACAGGACACAAGGAAGGCUGAGCCCUGAGUCACUGCAUUUCCUUUGCUAGCAGCAUCGCUACAGUGUGAAAAAGUGAGUCCCUUCUGCUUGGAUUAAUAGGACAUGAAAUGUUACAAGUGGUUAUGUCAGGCAAAAGGCAUUGUAUGUUCAGGCUGUACAGGGAGUUCUGGAGAUGAACUAAUAAGAAAUGCAGGGCUCUUCAGUUGUUCACACAGUGUUUGCAAAUUCCAGUCUGGGUCCCAGAGCUGGAGGCAUUUUUCCAGCUGAUCAUUUUCAUUUCCCACAGCACAUGGCAGCAUCAAUUUGGCCUUUGGGAGCAAUUAAAUAGCUGUACAGAGCCACAGAAGAGAAGAUGACACGAACUUUCCCUCUCCUUCCCCCCUCCCCAGUGUGUUUCUCUCCUUCCAUUAUUUAUAAGUGUCAGGCUAAACUUAUCCUUGCUAGAACGUCCUUGAAGUCAGUGGUGGUGCACCAGGGAUGGGUUUGGCCUGUCUCUAAAUAUGUUAGCUCCUGAACUGUUCUGUGGCAUAUCAAUCACAGAAAGCUGCUGCUGGCAUCUGGGUGAAUGCUGAAGGAAAACAAAUGACUAAAUGCUCCUACUUUUUUGCAGCAUCUUCUAGCUGAGGAUCUCAAGACACCAAGUAACUUCACGAAGACUUGGACUGCCAUGUGAGAUCCUGUAAGGGUAGGAUAAGAGUAGCUUUUUGAUCACCAGCAAACUGAAGCGUGCAGGAGCUGAGCGACUUCAUAAAUGCCUCACAGCAAAUCAUCAGCAAAGCUCUUGUUCCCUGCUCUAACCGUGAGAUCACACCUCUUCUGUAAGGCAAAGCCGGAAGACAGAAAAUCAUUACUAUGGCUGAUCAGACCAAGUUGCCACGAUGGUGUUUGUAUUUCAUUUGCUCCAAAAGUGUUUGCAUAAUGUUAUCACAUAAUGGGAUUAGUUGGGCUGAAGCAUUUGCUUCCUGGAGGGGGAGAGGUUGAUGCUGUUGCAGUUUAGUUGCAUUCACCCCUCCUGCUUAAAAAAAAAAUCUCGGAGCCAUUGGACCCAAAGAAGUGACCCCUAUAUAUUUAAUACAUGUCUGAGGAGCUUGGUGCUAACCAUUUAGCUGCUAUUGGGUUCUUUUCCCUCAAUACCAUCCAUCAUGGAACCUUUGGCACUUUAAUGUAUUAUUAAACCACAUAGCUGGGAUUUUCGCAACAUAAUCUCUGAAUUGUGAAUGCUUUGCCCAUGUGAUUAAUAGUGUGAAAUAUAUCUGUGCAUGUGUUACCAGUGUUAUGAUGUGUAAUGCUUUAGUCUGAUUUUGCUCAGAGGAAUCGAUGUGCAGAUUAGUAUUAGAGAUCAACAUGCAUAUGGGGGGGUGAUAUAAAAAGCCUAAAAAUGGGCACAGUUCCCAAAAUAAACUAAUUUUACAAUGUCCAAGGAGGUACCAGAUUCUGAAUGCACUUCUGAUGGAAAGAGGAAGAGUGGGGCGAUAAAGAUGACCAGCAAAAGGGUUUGUUUUGGAAGACAGUAAUGCAUCUGUCCCUGUACACUUACAAACUAAAGCUCUUCAUUGUCAUAGCCACAGGCUUGCUUUAUUUUAAGUUAAGUUUUGAAACAUAUGAGGAUAUGACAUGAAUAGUAAUCUGGGUAAAGACUUUUAGAAACCAUAUGAAUAUACUGGAUCCUGUCAUCAUGCUAAAUCUCUGCUGGCCUAAGAAACUUCCAUAAUUGCUGCAGUGUUGGAAGCAAUGGCCAUUUUGAAUUUCUCAGCAGUGCUAGAGGCAGAAUUCAGACAUCCCUGCCCCUAAACGCACAGGCCAAGCUACUUGCCCUAAAAAAGAGUCUCAAUGACAUAUUGAAGCUAUAACACAUACUUGAGAAGUUCUGGCUCCUCCCAAGAGAAAACAGUGGUAAUAGGCCUCUAUCCAGUCUAUUGCACUGAUAAGCACUGUCAGUCAGUCAGUAAUUAGCAAUGAUGUGCUUUUGUGUUUACAAUCAGGAACACACUUAGACGUUCAAAAUUAGCAGCAUCUUUUUCUCUUAACAGCAGAUGGACACUGUAGGACAGUCUGUUCUGGUAGAGCAUUGACAACUAUUUGUGGCCAGCCUCAGCAGCUGCACAGAUUAGCCCGACAAGCAGAAGUAACCCAUGGGACUGUGAGUUCAGCGUAUUGUAUGCUGAAAAGUUCAAAUCAGGCUCAGUCCUCUGCUCCAUGCUGCUUUUUCUCAUGCAUGCAUAGGAAUGAUCCCCAGUCAUUUGUGGCAGCAUCUGCUGUAGGGCUCUGCUGGCAUUGGUAGGAGGUGAGAUUAAGGUGCUGGUUUUACAUGACAAUACUGAACUUGCUAGGGGAUGUGUACAUGGCCUCCCUCAAGAGUAAGCACAAGGAGCGCAAUUCCUGGUGUGCAGUCCCAGCUGGAUUCCCAUCUAAACUGUUUUUAACAUACUGCCUCUUGUGAGCAUUGCCUCUUCAGAUUGUGUUUUAUCUUGGCUUUUUAUGGCGUGCCAAGUCUUUUCCAUGGCAUGCUAUGGCAUCAAGUUGAAUAGAGACACAACGUCUUUAAAGUUAUCCCUUGAGCCCAUCUGCUUGGAAGCAGCUCCCGACAAGCAGGAAAGGGAAUUGAAUCAAAGCUUUGUCAUGUUGGCUGAAAUAAGAGCUGCGUGAGGCUGGGCUGGAAAAACCAGGCUGCAGGAAAGGCUUCCCCCAGGCCACGUGCUAGAGGCUUACAUGGGAGCAGACCGGGUGGGUGUGUCCUGGCUCUUCCUGACCCCAUCAAAUGCAACAGGAUUUGCUCGCUUGGUUUAACUACCAGCACUGCUGGGGUGUGGGGGGGGGGAGAGGGGCAAGGAAUGCUGCUACAGCUCUGACCAGUAGCGGGGCAAUAAGCACGGGACAAGCCAGCGCAAGGCAAGAAGAUUUUUCUAUUAUCACCCAGGUUUAGCAUCGCAGCUAAGCCCAUGUAAAGCUCAAUAGUGUAAGCCCCCUUGUACAGGCCUUUCCAUUGAUUGAGCAUGGGGCUUGUCCUAGCUUACCUGGAGAUGGCUGUUCACAGCCAAGCAGGCCGAGGCUGUCAAGGCAGAUGGGAAUGUUCAUUUUGCAGGUGGCUAGAAUAAAGCAGAAGGCUCAAAUCCGCUCUCCUGCCAGGCAAGCUGCAGUCCUGCAUCACAGCUGCCUCUGCUGAGAUGAGGUUUUAGUGAUGAGCAGCCCCCACACAUCCCUCAGCUGGCUGCCACCCAAAGUAGAAGGGCUGCAGUGCAGUGUUGGGUAGGGACCCAAAACAAGAGCCCUAAACCCCCGAGGAAGCACCCAGACCCAUUAUUCACACGGCAGCUGCAAACUGGCAGGGGAGCCAUGCCAUGCACAGAAACUAAUCCAUCCCUGAGUCCCACACAGUCCUGCAAGGGGCUGAGCCUGCUGGCCCCAGUUAACAGCAAGUCCAUCCUGUACAUUAAGCACCUGCUGCUGCUGCUGUUGCAUUGGGGCCAGCCUUAGCUCAGCCAGGCCUGAAUCAUUGUCACAGCAAGGGCAACCAAAUAUGGGUGGAGGGUGGGUAGCACUGAACUCAAAUGAGCAGCAGACCCACAGGCUGAUGUGGUCUGGAAGGCAGGCUGGCUGGUGGAGUUGUAUCUCAUGGGUGUGAUGUGAAGCUUAACAUGCGACUUUAAGAUGUACUGAAUGCAAAUCAUUAGGCAAGUUCAAGUGCUUUCCAACCCACAGCAUCCAAGGCUGACAGUGCUUCACAUACAAAUCACUCUUCCACAUGCCUGGAAAAACUGUAGACAGGACCCUGGCAGACUGAGUUCCCCCAAAUGGCAAUUUUCUCGGUUGUGGCCUCUCACUUCUUUAGUAGUUUAAAUUGCUACAGUUAGUGUCAGUAGGCAUGAGUGAUGUAUUGUAAUUAUUUUAUUGUGGCUGCUCUUUAGAAGGUUUUUUUUUUUUUUGUAAUCUGGAAACAUAUCUAACUUCCCACAUGGAAAGAAAUAAUUUAUCAUACUUUACACAGAGGUAUUUGGCUAACUCUCUUGCACAUCUAUGCAAAGCAUAUUAUACACACAAGACUAAAUUUGAUAAAAAGGAUAUAAAUUGUGAUAUACGAAGUAUAUUACACAACUGUGUGUGCCUAAUUUAUAAACUCUAGCAUCUUUGGCACAUUUAAAAUGGGUCAUUUCUAUUAUUUUAGGAGGAGGAAUAUGGAUUUUAGGCAUAGAUAAUUAUACGUAGAGCUGUGGAAGAGGCUAUCACACGUGCAUUAAUUUCAAAGGUGUUGUGUCUGUAGCUUGUGUAUUCCCUUGUUGCAAAAACAUUUUAAAAACUGGUUUCUUUACAUCAGUUAUAUGUGCGUUCCAUUAGAAUAAAGGAGCUGUUCUCAGUAUACUGAUUUAUUUUAUUGCAUGUCAUGAUUAGUUAGUAAGGUAACUUGGUGGUCAGUUCAAUAAUGUGGCUAAUACAGUUGGUGUAUGGCUCUUCAAUAAAGACUGAUGGAUUUAAACACA